AUGGAUAACGAGGUAGGAAGAUAUGGAGAAGGUUCAAGAUUAAACGAAGAAAACAACAACAAGAUCGAAGAACUGCAAACAUAUGUUUAUGAGGAAGCAGAUGAGGAAAACGGAGAAGUUUCAGAACAUAACAAAGAUAUUGUUUUUAAGUUUAUUUCAGGGAGAGAAUACAACAUCAAUAUUUUUAAUGAAGUACUGUCAAAAGCCUGGAGACCAUCGGGAACAAUAUCUAUUACAGAUCUGGGGAGUGGUUAUUAUAACGCUCGAUUCUCCUUACUGUGUGAUAUUGCAGCAGUUUUGCAGGGAACGCCAUGGUCAGUUAGAGAGGAUUGGAUGUUACUGGAGAAGGCAGUAGAUGGGUUUGUGUUAGAAGAAUAUGAUUUUAAGCAUGUUGUUUUUGGAAUCCACAUAUAUGGAUUACCAUUUAGUAUGCUAAACGCAGAGAAGGUGUAUAAUAUUGCAAAAACUAUAGGGGAUCCAGAACCAAUAGAUAAGGAGAUGGCUAAGAAGUGGGGGAGAUUUGCGAAGCUUAGGUGUCCAUCUCUGUCAAAGAAAUUGGAGGAAGAUCUAAGUCACAGUGCAGAGGAAAUAGCAGCAAGUAUGAGGGAUAAAUCAUUGAGGUUGAAGGUAAACGUUCAAGAACCGUUAAACGGUGAGAAGAAGACGGACGAUGAGAGGGAUGACACACGUCACCUUCAUCUAAAUUUGGAAGCACUGAGGAUGAACGGAUCCAACGAUGACAGCAGCGGAAGUAUAAAUGCAAAUGAUACAGGGUAUCGAAAGCUGGGUAUGGCGCAAGCAAAAGACAAGAUGGCAGUAGGGAGCAAAACAACCGACACUGUUGUACAAUUGAAUGAUGCUGAGGCUGGUACUGAGACAAACACUGUCAGAAAGACCACUGCGGAUCCAAGGAAUCCACCUAGAGUUAAAAACAAAUUUAUGGCAGAAAAGAAGAAGGUGGAGCAGGUCUUGUCGGGUGUAGAAGAUCAGACAAUAAAUAAUUCACUACCUCAGAUGACAAAAAUUGAGGGUGAAACACGUAGGACAGAGGCAGGAGAAACGUCCACAACUGAAAUUCACGAAAAGGACAUCCCUGCAAUUGGUAGAAGUGGUAGGAGUGUUCUACUUUGGAAUAAUAGUAUAGACCUAGAAAUUAUCAGAGCUGACAAGAACAUAAUAUAUAGUCGAAUAAAGGAAGUAGAUGGAAAUGCUUGGGACUUGAUCUGUGUCUAUGGUCCCCCUCAAAACCAUUUGAGAAACAAAUUCUGGAGAGGAUUAUCUCUUUAUGAUACUCGAAUCUCCAACCCAUGGCGCUUUAUGAGAGAUCUUAAUGCUAUUACAUCGGUUAGUGAGAAAAAUGAAGGCAGUCAGAAACUGAGCAACACCAAUACUGAGUUCAUCAAGUUUAUCCAAGAGAGGGGUUUGAUUGAUAUGGGAUUCAUUGGCUCUGCCUUUACAUGGUCAAAUGGCGUUGUGGUGGAUAAACCCAUCUUUGAGAGGCUGGACAGGGAUAUGUGUACUGCUGAUUGGUUCUUCAAGGUCCCUGACAAUGGUGUACUUCAUCUUCCAAGGAUAAGCAGCGACCAUGCUCCCAUUCUGUUAAAUACAAGUAGAACCAACAAAAUGAGAAGAAGACACACAACCAAAUUUGAAGCUUACUGGAUAGAACAUCCAGGAUUUCAAGAUGUGGUUCAUAAGAGCUGGGUUGAGAGCCAACAGAAUACUAUUAGAAAACUAAGGGUGGUUGGUAAGGAGCUAAAUGAAUGGAGUAAGAAAAAUUUUGGCAAUAUAUUCAGAACUGUGGAAGAAUGUAAAACUAAAUUGUUCCAGGUACAAAUGGAGGCACAUCUAAGAGAUACUAGACUGGAAGAGAAAGAGCUCAAGGAGAAGAUUGAACAUUAUAACAUCAUGCAACAAAGAUACUAUGAACAGAGAAGUAAAUUCAAAUGGAUACCAAAUGUGGAUAAAAACACUAGAGUAUUCCAUAUGUUUGUGAUGCAAAGAAAGAAGAAGAACUAG